GGUAAAUAAUCCAGUUCAGUUCAGUCGUACCUAUUCACAACUUUUGGAUAGAGUAUUAUGUUGAAAAUAAAGGAGAUUAUUCUACUCCCGAUUUUUGGGGUUCAUUUUAUCAUCAGUGGACUAAAAAAUGAUCUCUUUUCUACAAUGUGUCACCAUGGUAUGAUAAAUCACUCUGAAGUUGUAACUCACGUGAUGUCUUCCAACAUACAAAAAUUCGUUCGUCGUAGUUCACAAACGGAAUUACGAAUUCAUACUCAUUAUGAUAGAUCGAUUAAAUCUGUCAAAAAUUUUGGGGUUAUCAAGAGAGAUAUACUCGAGGCAGCAGUUAAUUUUUGGGAAGAUGCUCUUUUGUUGCGUCAGUUUAGUCCCAUACCUAGUAGACUGACCCUUGAUAGAGUUUGUGUUGAUGGUGCUACAAAACUAAUUACAUUUAAUAACCAGCUGUUGACAUUUUGUCUUAAUGGUUGUGUGGAAUGGUCAAAAUGUGGACCUAUAAACAUUCCAGUGUCACAUUUAAAUCAGUGCAGAUUUAUCUACAAUGGGACUUCGAUGAUUUCAGGCCACAAGGGAGAAGGUAUAUACCGUGCCAACUUCAUACUCUAUAUUUCAUCGCUUAGAACACACAGAUGUAAUACUGGCAAAGUUUUAGGUUAUGCUGCACAUUGUCAGCUUGAAGCUAACACUGAUCGUCCCAUAGCUGGCUACAUCAAUUUCUGUCCUGAUACACUAAGUAGUGAAUAUAACGACAAAAUGCGUUCAUUAUUUGUUGCUACGCAUGAAAUAUUGCAUUCGCUGGGAUUUUCUACAAGUUUGUUUGCAUUCUACAGAGAUAAACAAAAUCGACCAUUAACACCGCGUGACCCGACAACAUUUAAACCUGCACUUGGCUGGUAUCCAGGAAAGAAUGGUCAAAUAUAUCAAUGGAGUAACAAUGUAGUUCGAACAGUUAAUCGUACUUGGUUAAGUGCUUUUGGAACUUUCCAAAAACUAGCCCAUAUUGUGGUUUUACCAACUGUUGUACGUAUUGCUAGAUCAUUCUACAAUUGUUCAAGUCUUGAUGGUGUCGAGUUAGAAGAUGAGGAUGGUGCAGGGGUAUACUUAACACAUUGGGAGAAACGUCUUUUAGAGAAUGAUUUGAUGACAGCUACAUACACAAAUUCGUUUCGAAUUUCACCGAUCACUCUAGCAAUGAUGGAGGAUACCGGCUGGUACAUCUCGAACUAUGCACUAUCUCAGUCUUUCAGUUGGGGUAGAGGUCGAGGAUGUACUUUUGCUACUGGCAGUUGCUUAGAAUACAUGCUAGAACAAAAUAAUCAUGGUCAUCCAAUUACACCAUUUUGUCAACAGUUAACUUCAAGUUUUAACAAUAAAAAUAAUGGAUUACAAGUGAGCUGUACACCGGAUGCAGAAAGUUAUGGAUUUUGUAAUUUGAUUGAAUAUUCUAAACCACUACCAUCCGAAUAUGUAUAUUUUGUUGGCAAAAAUUUUUCGAAUGGUACAUUAAAUUCUGAAAUCAGUCUAGGAGGUACUGAAAAUUUAACGAAUCAAUAUCCACUGGUUAAAUUAGGCGGUAAAAUAGCUUUGGCUAAUUAUUGUCCUUAUCAUCAGGAAAUAGAAUGGGAAGAUAAUGUAGGAAAAUCAAUUGCUAAUACUCAUUGUCAUGCAACAACUAAUCAUAAAGAUCCACAUUACAACUUUAAACUUGAACGAUUUGGUAUGAGUUCUGUAUGUGUAGAACAUAGUCCCAAUUGGUAUCUAAUAAAUGGAGACUCAUUAUUUGUUCCACCAGUGGAAGGAGCUGGAUGUUAUACGUUCCGAUGCUCAAUGCAUGAAGGUGGUUUAGUUUUAGAGCUGGCUGGAGGUAUGUCGAUUCCCUGUGAAACUCCAGGAGAACUUAGGGAAAUCAAUGCUUGUUUAACAAAGCAAAGUCUUACAGUGAAAGGAAAACUUGUGUGCCCUGACUGCAGAUCACUAUGUCCAUUAUCGGACUGUCCAGAAACUUAUUCUACCCCACAAGACAAUUUAAAAUAUCUCAGGACAAAUUACUCCAACAAUUAUUCCUUUUCAUUUUUGUAUGAAACAGAUAUGUUUAUACCUAAAUCAUCAGCUAUACACUAUUCUCAGUUAACGGUUGAUGAAACUCGGUCUUUUGUUGAAAAUCCAUUGUAUAUAGUUGAAAAUUCUGAAAAAACUAAAGGUAUUGUUGUUAUACAACAAGCAAUCUUACCUGGUGCAUGUACAGUCAGUAUCGCUUAUUCAUCUGUUUCGCUAACUUUUCCAUUGUCCAUAUACUUUGUAUUAUUUUUUCAAUCAUUCUGUUUAUAAAAUAUCUCACUCUUUAUACACUCACAAAAUGAAAUUUCUUAUUGCCUGAAAUUUACAUUUGAUUUCAUUUUACUUACAUUGUUU